CUGUGACGCUCUCCUCCUGCACUCCUCCCCUUUCUAGCGAGUGUCACCCUCUCUCUCCCUCGUCUGUUCACUCCCUGCUCGGCGAGGCUGGUCGGCGGCGCUCAAAACCUCCAGGAUCGUCGCAUCGCAUUGUUCACCCACCUCAUUUAAGUCUGCGUGACGCGGCGGAGCUUCUUUUUUUCCCCCCCUUCUUUCCUCCCCCUCUUUCACGAUGUCUUUACCGGGGGAUCCUGCUGAACGCGCACCGGUGCGGUGAGCAUGUUCACAUCAGAGGCAGCGUCGGAUUUACCUGAGAGUCCACUGCCCUCGCACUGUCACAGCUUCCUCCUCUCCACGCACACAGAUCUGCACUUCACCCACUGUCACUGAAGAGGAAAACGGGAAACACACCGGAUUACAAGGAUGGGGUUCUACGGCACUUUAAAGAUGAUUUUCUACAAAAUGAAAAGAAAGUUGGACCAUGGCCCCGAGGUCCGAUCUUUCCCUUCAGGAAAAAAGCCCUGCAAAGGCCCAGAGUAUCCAAGCCCGACAGGAAUUGUCCCAUGUCCAGCCACACCUACCACAUUUGGCCACAUCAGAACAGCCAAUGGUCAGGGGCAGCAAAGACGACGCAUCACCUCAAUCCAGCCACCUACAGGUCUCCAAGAAUGGCUCCGAACAUUUCAGAGCUGGACUGGCCCUGAGAAGCUACUGGCCCUGGAUGAGUUGAUUGACAGCUGUGAGCCCACACAAGUCAAGCAUAUGAUGCAGGUGAUAGAGCCACAGUUUCAGCGAGACUUUAUCUCCCUGCUGCCCAAAGAGCUGGCUUUGUAUGUCCUGGCAUUCCUGGAACCGAAGGACCUCCUCCAAGCUGCCCAGACGUGUCGCUACUGGCGCAUCCUGGCAGAAGACAACCUGCUGUGGCGGGAGAAAUGCAGGGAAGAGGGCAUCGACGAGCCUCUGCCCCAGAAGAAGAGGAAAAUUGUUCGGCCUGGCUUCACUCACAGCCCGUGGAAGAGUGCCUACAUCAGGCAGCACAGAAUAGACACUAACUGGAGGAGAGGGGACCUCAAAUCACCUAAGGUGCUGAAAGGUCACGAUGACCACGUGAUCACCUGCCUCCAGUUCUGUGGCAACCGCAUUGUCAGUGGCUCGGACGACAACACGCUGAAAGUCUGGUCCGCUAUCACAGGAAAGUGUCUGCGAACGUUGGUGGGCCACACAGGUGGGGUGUGGUCAUCCCAGAUGCGAGACAACAUUAUUAUCAGUGGUUCGACUGAUCGCACACUUAAGGUCUGGAACGCAGAGACAGGAGAAUGUAUCCACACCCUCUAUGGGCAUACCUCAACAGUGCGCUGCAUGCACUUACAUGAGAAAAGGGUGGUCAGUGGCUCUCGUGAUGCCACGCUGCGCGUCUGGGACAUUGAGACGGGCCAGUGUUUACAUGUCCUCAUGGGCCACGUGGCGGCAGUCCGCUGUGUCCAGUAUGAUGGCCGGCGGGUGGUCAGCGGUGCUUAUGACUUCAUGGUCAAAGUGUGGGACCCCGAGACGGAGACUUGCCUCCACACGCUGCAGGGCCACACCAACAGAGUGUAUUCAUUACAGUUUGAUGGGAUCCAUGUGGUGAGCGGCUCAUUGGACACGUCCAUAAGGGUCUGGGACGUGGAAACAGGGAACUGCAUCCACACGCUAACAGGGCAUCAGUCCCUCACCAGCGGCAUGGAGCUGAAAGACAACAUCUUGGUCUCGGGCAACGCAGACUCCACUGUCAAGAUCUGGGACAUCAAGACAGGCCAGUGCCUACAAACACUGCAAGGUCCACACAAGCACCAGAGCGCUGUGACGUGCCUCCAGUUCAACAAGAACUUUGUCAUCACCAGCUCGGACGAUGGCACAGUUAAACUGUGGGACCUGAAGACGGGCGAGUUCAUCCGUAAUCUGGUGACUCUGGAGAGCGGCGGUAGUGGGGGCGUGGUGUGGCGCAUCCGGGCCUCCAACACCAAGCUGGUGUGCGCGGUUGGCAGCCGCAACGGCACAGAGGAGACCAAGCUGCUGGUGCUGGACUUUGACGUGGAUAUGAAGUGAGGCGGGACGUUUUGGGGGAAGGAUGAAGAGAUCGAAAACCGCAGAGAGGAACCAACAGAGACAGAAUGGGAGAUGAGGCACGGAGAAACCAGAGGGCAGAAGCCGAGAGCUCUUCACCCAAACUUGCAAAAUCAACAACAACAACCACCACCAUCAACAGCGGGCUGUCCUGUCCUGUCCUCCACCAUCAUCUUCCCUGUCCCCCCCUCCUGCGUAAAUGUUACUGACAAAGCCACAGAACCCUCUCAUGUCAUCACAGUCCCUGCCUCUGACCGUCUACUGCCCCCCGCCCAGUAGAGUCGAGGGGAUCGGGCUGGAAGUGGGGCAGCGGGGGCACCAGCGGUCUGUCUCAUGAUUAGUCUGGAGAAAGAAGAGAAGAAAGGAACGACUGAUGAUGACUGAACUCUUUUGAAGUCACUCCCCGCCCUUUCAGUCCGGAGUCGGCUUCGCACAGAGACUUUCGCUUCAAACCUGACAGAUUUUGAGAUGUACAGAGAUAUAUUAUUUUUUAAAGCCCCACCCCCCUCAUCAGUAUGCACACACACAGACACACACAUAUACACGUACCAGGAAGUGGAAAACACUGACCAUAGGAAAAGCUUGAGCGAGGUGGGAGAUGUUUUAAAGGUGAAUUUCUACACAGUUACACGUUAAGAGCUGCUUGAUGUUAAGGUGAAAAUGGGAGGUUUCGUUGUUUCUCGUCACUCCAUUUCCAUUCUUGCUCUCCACUUAGUUUCUGGAGUCUGGUUUCUUUACAAUAUCGCACACAAACACAACUGUGAAUUUCAGUACCUUUUUGGUUUAUCAUAUGAAAGGGGUUUCUGUAUUGUUGUUGUGAUUUUUUUAUUUUUUUUCCUCAAACCCCCCCCUCACUCUUUUUUCUUGCCGUUGCCAACAGCAACAAAUCCCAGUAUUAGAAACCUGCUCAGUUUAGGUUUGCUGUCAUUAUGUCACCCCUCUUUCUUUUUGGUCUUUUUUGUUUUGAGUUGUUUGUUCUUCCUCUCUGUUUUCUACAUACCUGGGUUUGGAGCGCCGUCUCCACAUCAACGUCAAUGCUGUCCAGAGUUUUUCAGUCUAGCUGGGGAGGUUCCUUCAGUGCCAGCGCUAUGACGAGAAGUAAAGCUUCUUCGCUCAGAGUGCUGAGGAUUGACGCCCCCGAACUCCCUCAGCCCCUUCCCCCCUCUCCUGUUUUUCCCCAGUGGCCAAACUGUAUUUAUGCUGCUAGAUGAAUGGAAAAGAGAGAGAUGGAACUCUUACUUGCUGUGACGUUUUAGUCCCAGGCGAAAUUCCAAAUUGAACUCUGUAUGUUUGGACUUGAAACAAAAGAUGACAAAAGAUGAACAUCCAACAUUUUUGUUUUUGUUUGAUUUUGCCACUGAAAACUUGAGCCAAACGUGCCUCUACGAGGCUGAGAGGAGGGAGCGUGUCCGACAGAUACUGACAGGAUCGCCUGCUGGGAGGAACCGAGCGGGAUGUACACUGUUGGCGUGCGUGCGUGCGUGUGUGUGCAUGAGUGCGUGUGUUAAGCGUGUUAAUGGGCUACUUGUAAACACAUUCCUUGGGACAAAGCUCUUUCAGCCUGUUCUUUGGGGAAAUGUACAAAUGCUGUGUGGACUGGUGAAGAAAAAAAAAAAAAACAAAACUAGCAGAUGUAUCAACUUUUAACACACGAAUGAAAGAACUGUCCGUAUCCAUGUGUGACUGUUGUUCCAUUCAACGAUGUCUGAAGCAACAGAGGAGACCAUCACAAACAUCAGCUGACUGGUCGAGCGGCCAGGAGUUCAUAGUGUUACAUGCGUCGCAGUUAAAACCGCCUCGGUUGCAGCCUUGUGGUUUGUCGGUGGGAAAAAUUCAAAACACACGAAGGCGACAAACGUGAACUGAAACAUUGUAGCCAAAACGAAAAUCGUCUCAAUCUCCAAGAGUCACAACUCAAGCUGAACUGUGAAAGUGGUAUAACACUGUAUAUUAAAAAAGAAAAAAAGAAAACAA